AUGGCAUCCACCAGUGCCCUUCCUCAAACCCUCAAAUCCAUCACCGCCACCAAAAUCAAAGAACUCUCGAAACAGCGCAAGCGCUUUGAAGAACGCAAGGACAAGAUCUUCAAAGACGCGCGGGACGCCCCCGAUCUGCGUUCUAGAGUCCAAGUCCUCCUCGAGGGAGUCACGAAGCUCAACGGUGAUCCCAACGACGCCUUCGAUAAGGAGGAUCUCGACGCGGAGGAUACUGAGGAGCAGACAGCCAGAGUCGCAGAUUGCUCUGACCGCGCCACAUACACCAACAUUCGCCGCUUCCUCCUACAGAGUCAGUAUGACCCUUCUGUUUCUGAGAGUAGCUUGAGAGACUGGAUCGCGCAGCUAGAGGAGGAGCUGCGGUCGCUCGAGCUGAAGCAUGAGCAUGCCGCGUUCUACAGUGAUCUGGUGACGGAUUGGCUGGAGAAUUUGGAGGCUGAGCAGGGCGCCAGCAAAGAGUUUGAGUCGGUGGGACGCGCGGAGAUGCAAGAGCAGCGUGCGACAUGGGAGUCAUUGGUUUUCUCGACGACGGACGUAAAUGCCGAUGCGAUCCGUGCGUACCUUGAUGGUCUAUUCAACACCACGCCCUUGACCCAGCAGGCGCUCAAGGAGCUCCGGGAGAGGAUCAAGUCGUUUGGGACCGAAUUCGCCGCGAAAAAGAAGUGGUUCAGCGUCGCCGACCUCAAGUGGGUCUCCGAGUCACUACUGAAGACUGACCUGCUCACCAAGGAGAAGAUGGGUAUCCUGAGGGAAUUCAUGCGCAACAAGGCAGUAGCCCAGGAGGUGGCAGAUGUGUUAAAUAUGCGUCUGGCUGCGCUGGACAGCUGGAAUUGGCCUGAGGAGGGGAUACCAGUUGAGAUGCGUCGUCAGCUCAACGGCAAGUACAGAGUGUUCAUGGACGAGGAUCUGCUGGACAGUCUUCUCUUCCAAUAUCUGGGACUCAAAUGGUCGGUGGCGUUCAAGAAAGCAUUCAAAGCUUUUUUCAAAACGCGCGCUUGGAAAUCGCCGCGCCAGCAAAUCUCUAAGGAAGAGCGGGAACGGCGCAGGUAUUUUCUGGACUCGACGGUCCGCGGCGGCUGCGUGAAUGACUACAGACGACAGAUGUACGAGACGGACUACUUUAUGACCCAGCUGCCGUCGUCCGUGGAAGCAGGUGUUCCAGAGUACAGUGAUGAAGCGAGCAGCGACGAUAUCACCGACGGAGAAAAGCGCAAGAACCCCCUGGACACCAAGCACGCGCUGCUUCACCUCCUGAUCACAGAGUCAAUCAUCCACACCACACAGUACGGCCAAUUUACGGCCAUCCGUUCCGAUUUCAAGUGGUUUGGCCCGUCGCUGUCACACGCGACCGUUCUGGCGGUGUUGGAGUACUUCGGGGUUCCCCAGAACUGGCUCCAUUUUUUCAAGGUUUUCCUCGAAGCGCCACUCAAAUUCACGCAGGACGGAGAGAACGCCGCGGUGCAGGUUCGCAGGCGGGGAGCUCCCAUAAGUCAUACGCUAUCGGACUGCUUUGGCGAGACGGUCCUCUUCUGCAUGGACUACGCGGUGAACCAAAGCACGGAGGGCGCCUACUUGUACCGUCUGCAUGACGACUUCUGGUUCUGGGGCCGCGAGCAGACCUGCGUCAAAGCUUGGGGCGCCAUGACCAAGUUCGCCAAGGUCAUGGGUCUUGAGUUCAACGAGGAAAAGACAGGAACAGUCCGACUGACAAAGCCAAACCCCCGUCAGGGCAGCGAAGUCCCAGCCGGAUCAGAACAUUCAUCCUUGCUACCGACCGGGGACAUCCGCUGGGGCUUUCUGAAGCUCGACCCGCAGGAAGGCCGCUUCAUCAUCGACCAGUCGCAGGUGGACAGCCACAUUGCCGAACUCGGCCACCAGCUCGCCUCGUGCAAGAGCAUCUUCGCCUGGGUACAAGCCUGGAACAGCUACUUUGCGCGAUUCUUCACAAACAACUUCGGCAAACCCGCCAUGUGCUUUGGCCGGAGCCACAUCGACAUGGCCAUCUCGACGCUCAGCCGCAUCGAGCGGAUCCUGUUCCCCGACGGCGUCACCGCACACCUGCGACAGAUGAUCGCGGACAGGUUCGGCGUCCGCGAUCUUCCCGACGGCUUCUUCUACUUCCCCAUCGAGCUUGGUGGCCUGCAGCUGCUGAAUCCGUACAUUCCGCUUCUGGCAAUGCGUGGGGACAUCAAGCAGACGCCGCAGCGCCGGCUCCAGAAAGCGUUCCUGGAGGACGAGGAUGCCUGGCAUGCGGCCAAGGAGCGGUUCGAGAAGGACGGGCCCUGCAGCUCGGCGCAGAUUGACUUCGACGAUGAUGACAGCCCGGCCACGUUCAUGUCGCUGGACGAGUUCAUGCGAUAUCCAGAGUCUUACAGCCGGGCUUUGCUGCAGGCGUAUAAGGAUCUGAUCCGCAUCCCAGAGGAGGUCAGCGUCAGCCAGACGGCCGGGUUUCGGAGUAGCGUCAUGUCGCUGAGGAGGACGGGGUCGGGCGACGGUCGGGGAAUCACAGAUUCGUGGUUGACGAUGACACCGUACUGGCGCUGGACGGCCGAGGUGUAUCACGAGGAGAUGGUCAAGAAGUUCGGAGGUCUGGCGGCUGUCAACAGGGAGUUCAUGCCUUUGGGGGUUGUCGAGACGCUGAGAGAGGGCAAGUUCAGAUGGCAAGGUUGA